CUUGGUAGUGGUAGUGGCUGAGAGUAGCUGGGUUUUAUCCUAAUACCCUUUUCAUCUGUAGAAUCUGCUUCCCCAGAAAGGAGGUGCGUGAAGAGCCUUUAUCCUCUAGGAUAGAGAUGGUGAGUGUGGGAGUCAGUACAGAGCCCUGCCAUGCCAGGUGGGAGGUAGAGACAGAUGCAAUUGUCCUACAGCGGCGGCAAAAGCAGAUAGAUUAUGGCAAGCGCACACCUGGUUACCAGUGCUUUCUGCAGCAGGUCCCCAAGGCACAGCGACAGCCAGGACUUCACCCUCAAACACCAAACAAGAACAGGAGGUACAGCCGUCGCUCCUGGGAUGCCCAGAUCAGGCAGUGGAGAAGAGCCCUACAUUCCUGGGACCCCCCCAGCCAGCCUCUGCAGGCUGAGGGGUGUGUGCACUACUAUUCCUUGUUCCUUCCCUGAGUGGUGGACUAAGCCCUACCUCUCCCCACUUUGCAGAGGUUUAGCUUUCACUGGCUGAAAAG